AUCCUCACUGAUGGACGUGCCAUCGUGGCAUCCCGCCAACCAGAACUCCGAUGCGGCGAGGCGGUUGGCGAUGAGCGGCGAGGCGUCGGCGCCCAAACGUGUCAUCUAUGAGGUUGUAGACACGUCCACGAAGGCCGAAAGGGAAAUGGUGGCCACGGACGAGGAGAACGUCGCGCUGGGUGGGGGACGCGGACUAUUGGACCCGUCGGAUCGUAUGUACCUCGUGGAUCAGACGCUUCUGGAGCAACAUACCAGGAAUAGAGAGAAAAUGGAGCGCCAGGCCGCGCUGCAGGCCUUCCGCUCGAACGCCCUCAAGGUGCAGGUACACAAGACGGAGAUAAUUGUGGCUGCCUCGGGCAGUGGAAAGAAGUCGACGAUGCCAACUGAGAAGAAAACAGUGGUGGUGGUUAAGGCCAAGAAAAAACGACAGGCGACGUCAAGUGGAAAGGAGACAAACCAGGCCAAAAAGAGCCGAACCAUGUCGGGGACCACUACGCUUGAUGGAGAGGAAGGUCAGAUGUCUGCAAAAUCUGCGAAGGUCAAGACGGAGGAGAAACGUAAUAAGAGCGACACUAACGCUACGUCAACGGCGAAACCUCCGGCGAAGAAUCCUGCGACGGCAUUGCUGCUUCAGGACUAUUCCAGCAGUAGCGACGACGAGUAG